UGCUGAUUUUGAGGUUGGACUCGUUUCCAGCAAGCAGACAUGUCAUUCCGAUUUCAUGCUGUGUCCUUUUUAGUUAGCAAGUUAUUAACCAAUGUGUACCCUCUGUAAAAAUGAUUUGAAUUGUACGUGAGCGCGAAUUUAUAACACAUUUUCAUUUACCCGUUGUUGGUAAUAGCAUUAUGUUACGAGUUGGAAGCGCAGUGGCCUGCAUGGCCUGCAGAAACCUGGUCUCCCCCAACAUGGGGGUGAGGUUCAGGAUGCCCUUACAGAAGCUGCACCCUCUGUCUCGUGCCAUCUACCACCGGUACAACGCCAGUGUCACCCCCCCGCACCGCUUGGCAGCCCGCCACUUCACCUCCAUGUCCCGGCUGCCCAUGCAGCCCCCCAAGCCUCCCCCGGGUGGUCACGGUGGCUGGCGCUACCAGCAACACCGCAACUUUUGGAUGUUCCGCCUGGCCUCCAGGCUGCUGAAGCUCCGGUACAUUUUGCUGGGCUCAGCAGUGGGAGGCGGGUAUACCGCUAAGAAGACCUAUGAGGAGUGGAAGGAUAUGCUGCCUGAUAUGGAUGAAUACAAUUGGGUAAUACCUGAUUUCUUCUGGGAGAUGAGUAAACAAAUUGACCUAGAUAAACUAACCAAAAUGCUGCCUGAGUUAGUGGAGAUUGCCAAGUUUCUACCAGAGUUACCCGAUUUAGAUAAGAUAGGAGAGAACUUCACCUUUCUCAAGAGCAUCCUCUUCACCGGUGUUGGUAGUAAAGGAGCUUCUGGUCAGCGUUUUUUGUUAGCCGAAGCCCCUGGGGAUUCUCCAGUGAAAUCUGCCACAGAUGCCACAGUCACGGCCACACCAGAGGCCAGCGGCAAGCAGUUUAGGAAGUCUUCAGACAAGGAGAAGGUGGACCAGCUUCAAGAGGAACUGCUCCGAACUCAGGUGAAGUACCAGCGCAUGCUGGAGAGACUGGAGAGGGAGAACAAGGACCUGAGGAAAGUGGUGCUGCAGAAAGAUGAGAAGGGCAUCCACCAGAGGAAAGUCAAGGUGAGUAAGUCUCUAAUUGACAUGUACUCUGAGGUCCUGGACAUCCUCUCAGACUUCGACUCUAACUACAACACCCAGGACCAUCUACCCAGGGUGGUGGUGGUGGGAGACCAGAGUGCAGGGAAGACCAGUGUGUUGGAGAUGAUCGCCCAGGCUAGGAUCUUCCCCCGGGGCUCUGGAGAAAUGAUGACCCGCUCUCCUGUCAAGGUGACGCUGAGCGAGGGACCUCACCACGUGGCCAUGUUCAAGGACAGCAGUCGAGAGUUUGACCUGGGAAAAGAGGAGGACCUGGCUGCCCUGAGACAUGAGAUUGAGCUGAGGAUGAGGAAGAGUGUCAAGGAGGGACAGACAGUCAGCCCUGAGACGAUCUCUCUGAGUGUCAAAGGACCAGGCAUCCAGAGGAUGGUGCUAGUAGACCUACCAGGAGUUAUCAGUACUGUGACUGCAGGCAUGGCAGCAGACACCAAGGAGACCAUCUUCAGCAUCAGUAAGAACUACAUGCAGAACCCCAACGCCAUCAUCCUCUGUAUCCAGGAUGGGUCAGUGGAUGCAGAGCGCAGCAUUGUCACAGACCUGGUCAGUCAGAUGGACCCGCAGGGGAAGAGGACCAUCUUUGUCCUGACCAAAGUCGACCUAGCAGAGAAGAACCUGGCCAGCCCUAACCGGAUUCAACAGAUUGUGGAAGGAAAGUUGUUCCCUAUGAAAGCCUUGGGUUACUUUGCUGUGGUGACCGGGAAAGGCAGUGCCGGGGAAAGCAUUGACUCCAUCAAAGACUACGAAGAGGACUUCUUCCAGAACUCCAGACUACUCAGAGACGGCAUGCUGAAGGCCCACCAGGUGACUACUAAGAACCUGAGUCUGGCCGUUUCCGACUGCUUCUGGAAGAUGGUCAGGGAGUCAGUGGAGCAGCAGGCCGACGCCUUCAAAGCGUCCCGCUUCAACCUGGAGACCGAGUGGAAGAACAACUACCCCCGUCUGAGAGAGCUGGACAGGAAUGAACUCUUCGAAAAAGCCAAGAACGAAAUCUUGGACGAAGUCAUUAGCUUGAGUCAAGUGACACCGAAACACUGGGAGGCCAUCCUAGAGAAGAAGCUGUGGGAGCGCGUGUCCAUCCACGUCAUCGAGAACAUCUACCUGCCUGCAGCCCAGACCAUGAACUCUGGUACCUUCAACACCACCGUGGACAUCAAGCUCAAACAGUGGACGGACAAGCAGCUGCCUCACAAAGCAUUAGAGGUUGCCUGGGAGACGCUGCAGGAGGAGUUUGCCCGCUUCAUGGCGGAGUACAAAGGGAAGGACCAGGAUGACAUUUUUGACAAGCUGAAGGAGGCGGUGAAAGACGAGAGUAUCAAGAGGCACAAGUGGAAUGAGACAGCCAUGGACAGCCUGAGGGUGAUCCAGCACAAUACUCUGGAGGACCGCUCCAUCACAGACAAGCCCCAGUGGGACGCAGCCAUCCAGUUCAUGGAGGAGACCCUGCAGGCACGCCUCAAAGACACUGACUCUGUGAUAAAUGACAUGGCAGGUCCUUACUGGAAACAACGCUGGAUGAGCUGGACGAGCCGCUCGCCCGAACAGCACAUCUGCAACGAAACCAAAAAGGAGCUGGAGCGCCUGCUAAAACUCCAUGAGGACCACACAGCCUACCUGGCCAACGACGAGGUCACCACCGUCCGCAAGAACCUGGAGGGUCGAGGGGUGGAGGUGGACCCUGUCCUGAUCAAGGACACGUGGCACCAGCUGUACCGACGUCACUUCCUGCAGAAGGCGCUGCAUCACUGUAACCUGUGUAGACGAGGCUUCUACUACUACCAGAGACAAUUUGUUGACUCGGAGCUGGAGUGCAAUGAUGUAGUCCUGUUCUGGAGGAUUCAGAGGAUGCUGCUCAUCACAGCCAACACACUCAGACAGCAGCUCAUCAACACAGAGGUCCGGCGCCUGGAAAAGAACGUGAAGGAGGUGCUGGAGGACUUUGGUGAGGACAACGAGAGGAAGGUCCACCUCAUCACCGGACGCAGAGUACAGCUGGCAGAAGACCUUAAGAAGGUCCGUGAGAUUCAGGAGAAACUUGAAGCCUUCAUAGAAGCUCUUCACGAGGAGAAGUAGAGCACCAGAAACCAAUGGAUCACAGAAGCAUUGUACUGAUCAAAGAAGACUAAUUCCUCCCUCUGUAAAUGACUGACCCCCCCCCAGUGACGCCCAACUGUUGCUCCUAGUUUUUUUUCUGCAAGUGGAGUUUAUCGGAUGGAGCCCUUAACACUGAGGAGGAUCAGGUUAUCAAUGUUGCUGAGCAGAUAGCACUUCCUCUGCUCAGAGUGGGCACCAUGCUUUAUAGGCCCAUGAUGAGUACACCAGACAUGUCCUCUUCACACAGGAAUCCAACAACUGUCUCCGGGCUUUUUUGCUCUGCAUUUUUGGCAGAGAAGACGAAGAGAGAAGGGGGGAGGACAAGAUUGAAGUUACACACCUCGUGACUGACUGACGGAUCGACCUCAUGUCGUCUUCCUCUCUCUCAUUGCUCCCUUGUUUCUAAUAAAUGAGGCGGUUGUGAAGGUUUUCUCUCUCACUGCCAACUUCCUUUGUUUGGGAAUGUCUUUAAUCGGCUUGAGCACCUGUCAGAAGUUGUGUCCCAAAUUGCACUGGUCAAAAGUAGUGCACUGUGGAGGGAGUAGGAUGCCAUUUGGGACGUAACCAGAAUGUCUGCAGGUGACCAGGUGAGUCAGGUGGUGUGUGAUGAAGGGUGACGGGAACCACCCUCCUCUCUGUAGAUUGACUAGCUGUAAAUUAACGCAAGGGGUUGAAUUAACGCCUGUUGGGUUGAAGCCAUUCUCCUGCCUAUUGUUAACACUUGUUCCACUUAGGACUUAAUGUGAAUUCAUUUCAGUUAUCCCAGCGGCUAGCUUUAAGCCAGCUCUACACGUGCGUCACUAACCGUACAGGUACAGACCUCAGUUAUUAACCCUCACUUGCACAACAGUCAACCUCCAUCCUCCUAAAACUAGAAUAUAUGAACAGUGGAUAGAAUAUUCCACACUAGUUGUAACAAAGAUAAUAUAAUAUAGAUUGGAUUUCUUAUUUCAGGCAAGCAGAGUUAAUUUGAGAGUUAUGUUUGCUAUUGAUAGGCAGCGCGCAAUGCCCCACUAUGUACCACUCUCUGCCCUACUGUGUGUGCACCUCAUCAUCACAAGGGUUUAUAUUAUGGCAUUUAAUUUCACUGUUGGACGAAACGGCCUCUACUAUCUUUGUUCUGGGUGAAGAUCCAGUGUUGGACUAGAAUCUAGUUCAACCUGCAGUGGAUGGAACCACAUUGUCCAAUCACGUUGGGGGAAAGAUGCUAGUUGUAUUCAAACGUGGUGACAGAGCUGCACAGGCAUCUUUGGGUUCUUGGUACAUUCAUUCCUUUCACUUUUUCUGCUUCUUCAUGCUCCUCUGCCUCUGGGCAGGUCACACUGUCUGACUUGCUGGUCUCUACUGGUCUCUCCUGAGGGACCUUUUUCUCUCUCUGCUCUACUCCAUCCAUCCAUGUUUUCUUUAUUUUUGAUCCUCUCUCUUGCUCCUCUCUCAAGCCCUCUAUCUUCAUUACUUUCCGUCUCCUAUUUCACCCCCCCACUCUUUGUUCCCGGCUCUAAAGAGUGGAAUGAAAUGGUGACUGGACUUAACCCCGGUCCUUCAUAUGUGUAUAUGGGUUAAUACCGUACAUGGUGUACAUGUAAAGUUAAUACCAAUCAUGAAUCCGUUAUUGCUUCUGGGAUGAAUGUCAGAGUGUGAUGCUCUUGUAACAAGAUAUCCAUCGGUUGGUUCAACACCUACAGUUCUCUUUGAUGUUAUAGAAUGUAAUGUUUGCAUGGUAUACCCCAUCAGAUGUGCUUUAUUUAUUACAAAUUUGAUUGUUUAAGAAAGUGAAAGUAAAAUUGAUGUUAAUAAAAAUGUAAUUUUCCAAGAA